CUUGGAAUACCAACAGACGCUCAACUAUCCUUCAGAAACCCCCAAUUCCAUUUCCACUUCCCCAAAAGCUGCUGUUGAUGGCCAAGGAAUUGCCUGAAGAUUUGGUGACAGAGAUUUUGCUGUGUCUUCCGGUCGCCUCUGUAUUGCGAUGCAAAUGCGUCUGCAAAUCCUGGUACGCUCUCAUUACUCAUCAAAAAUUCGUAGCAAAACACAUCCUACACAACAAGAAGAACAGCAACACCCUCCUCCUCGUUAAAAUGCGCGAUGAAAUCACCAAAAAUGAUGUUGUAUCGACGCUUUCUUAUGAAACGCUCCAAGUAUUACAUUCACAACCUCUACCUCCCCCGUUUAUUGUCUUGGGUUCUUGCAAUGGUCUUGUUUGUCUCCACGAUGACUAUGCAUUGCGUGUUGUUUUAUGGAACCCUGCAACUAAAGAAACAAAGGUUGUACCCAAAUCAAACCUACCCCACUUCAUCUCCGCUUUCCAUAAACUCGGCGUUGAUGGUAUCGGAUUUGGUUUCGAUGCGAAAACUAAUGACUACAAGAUAAUCAAUCUUCUUACUAUCUAUGAAUCUCACUCAAGGGGAAAGAUGGCCCAAAGUGAGGUAUAUAGCUUAAAUGCCGAUUCUUGGAGAAAAGUUGAUCCUCCCCCGUUUUCUAUAUCUCCUGUUUAUAGCUCUGUUAGAGGUAUGAAUACAUACACCAAUGGGAUGGCUUCUUUGGAGGCAUAUGGUGAUAAUAGGGGGAAUCUUUUGUCAUUUGACAUGAGCAACGAGGUAUUCCUAAAAACACCGAAGCCAGAUGAUGUUUUCUUGGAUGAAUUUUCAGAUUGGACAGAUAUUUUCGUGUUGAAUGAAUCGAUCGCUCUCGUAGUUCUCGUCUGGGAUAAAGGAAUGUCGGAGAUUUGCUAUGAUAUAUGGUUGUUACUUGAAGUUGAUGUUAAGGACUCAUGGACUAAGCUUUUCAGUAUUGGACCGUUUACAGAUUUUAAACAACCCCGACCUUUAGGAUUUUGGAAGAAUGACGCAGUGCUCUUUGAAAAUCUUGACGGACAAAUGGUCUUGUAUGACCCCUCAACCAAAGAAAUGACUAAUCUCCCAAUUCAUGGAGAAACAUACUCGUUGCAAUUGGUUACUUACAUGGAGACCCUAGUUUCUGUUAAUGGGAGGAAAUGAAUUUGAAAAGCAGAACAGUUGUUGACAAUGCUUGAGGGCUAUCUUUCUAUAUCUGCUCCAAGCGUGUUUCAAGCCGCAUAUGUGUUGUGAUAAUAUUUUCUGCUUAUGAUUGUCAAAUGAUGUCUUUCCCAAAAAUUUAUACUCUUUUGGAGCAAUAGUGAGAGAAUUUUGAGAUUAAAGGAGUACAAGGGUUCUGCAGAUGAUAUUUCUUUUACAUUUCAUGUGGAAUUUUGUUUUCAUUCUUCGAUAUGUUUAGUAUUUCUUAUGCUUAUCUUUUGAUAUUUCCUUCCUUCUA